GCUUAUGGUUAGUAUAAUUUUGGACUCCCACCAGCUCCAACCCAUGAAGCAAAAAAUCUCAAAAAAUCUCAGAUGAUGGUCAUGGCCUCAACUACAGCUUCUGCUGCUACAUUUCUGUGUUCACCCAGAAGCACAAAGUCAUCCAUAUACAACCCAUCUUCUUCUUCUUCACUGACCUCACACCCCAAAAACCAAAGAUUACAUCUUUCUGCUGUGUUUCCUCAACUGGGUCUCAGCCCUUUCUCGCCAUGGAGUGGCUUGAAGCAUUUGGAUGUCUCAUUCAGACCCAAAUCUGCAAAGUUAGGGAGGAAGGGAAGGUGCAAGGGUGUGGUGGUUUAUGCUUCUCUGUUUGGGGUUGGAGCUCCUGAGGCCCUGGUUAUUGGGGUUGUGGCUUUGUUGGUGUUUGGUCCCAAAGGUCUUGCUGAGGUUGCUCGAAAUUUAGGAAAGACAUUGCGUGCUUUUCAACCAACCAUUAGAGAGCUUCAGGAAGUUUCUAGGGAUUUCAAGAGCACCCUUGAAAAGGAGAUUGGUCUCGAUGACAUUUCAAGUUCAACGAUAAACACAUACAAUUCCAACAAAACCGGCACCACUUCAGCCUCUCCAUCAACUACCAGUACUGGAGAUUCCAAAACCACGACUGACCCCAAUGGGGCGCCCUCUCCAAAUAGAGCAUACACCACCGAGGAGUACUUAAAGAUCACAGAGGAGCAGCUAAAAGCAUCAGCUGCCCAAAAUCAGGGGCAGACAUCAUCUCCAGUGGAAAGUCAGUCUCCACCUCAGGCUUCCGAAGGUACUGUUGAAGAAACUGCUGUUAGGACGCCUCCACCCCAACAAUCUCAAAGUGAGUCAUAAGCUCAUUACAACAAAUACAGUUCAUUUUUGAGUCCACAAGUGCAACAUGGAGCCGAGGAAUCCCCAUCUUAUUGUUCUCAAUUUUUGUAAUGGCAGUAGUAGGUCUUAGAAAUUCUGUAUAAUUAAGAGCACAAACACGGAAAGAUCAGGAUGUUUGUAAUCCUUUGUAGAGUAUAUUUUUGACCAAAGUACUGAUGCAGAUCUCUCAGUUUGGGUUUCUAA